CGGGCUGGGCCUAGACAACGACGGCCGCCAUGUCCGGGGUGGGCGCUGAGGCGGCCGGCGACCAGGCCGAGAAGGCGGCCAUGGAGGAGGAGGAGGAGGAGAAGGAGGAGGAGGGGAUGUCGGGCGGGCCGAGCCCCCACGGCCCCAGGCCGUCGUUGGCGUUGGCCCUCCGGCCGGCGGUGGCCAAGGCGACCCGCAACGCGGCCCGACGGCGGCUGCAGCUGGGCCCGUCGGAGGGCGACCCUCCGCCUUGGCACCAUGACAACCACGACCGCGAAGGGACGGCGCCGUCGGAGGCCCCAGGGAAGGCCAGGCCGCUGCCGCCCCUGUACGCGCCGUCGAGGGGCCCCCAGGGCCGCGGCCAGAAGGUGGCGCUCUACUGCGACCACAUCCUGCGGGGAUGCAAGGCCGAAGAUGCUGAUGAGGCCAUGAAUAAAUACCUGAAAGCGAAAUUAAACUCAACAGACAAAUGGCUUGGAGUCUGGAAGUCUAAUCCAGAGUUGUUCUUUGUGAAAUAUGAAGAAGCUUCUAUACCUUUUGUUGGAGUACUGGUUGAGGCAACUUGCAAACCAUUUCAAGGCUCAACGUUGUGUUUCAAAGUUGACAUAUCUGUUGUUGAGCCCCUUUCAUCUAACAUUGCAAACAUUCCAAGGGAUUUGAUUGAUGAGACUUUGGAAGAACUGGAGCACAGCGUACCUCUGUUGGAAGUCUACCCCAUUGAAGGGCAAGAUGAUGACAUUUGUGAAAUUGCCCUUGCUUUGGAAACUGUAAGGUUUUUCUAUGAUUUCCUUUGGCGAGACUGGGAUGAUGAAGAAAGUUGUGAGGACUAUACUGCUCUGAUUGAAGAAAGAAUUAACUUGUGGUGCGAUAUUCAGGAUGGAACAAUUCCUGGUCCUAUUGCACAGCGUUUUAAAAAAACUCUGGAAAGGUACAAAACCAAACGUGUGGAACUCAUCGAGUAUCAGUGCGGUAUUAGUGAAGAUCCAUCAGCAGCAGAAGCUGUUGAGUGCUGGAAAAAAUAUUAUGAAAUAGUAAUGCUGUGUGGGCUGUUGAAAAUGUGGGAGGAUUUACGCCUCAGAGUUCACGGACCAUUUUUCCCAAGAAUUUUAAGGCGAAAGAAAGGAAAAAGAGAGUUUGGGAAAACUGUAACUCAUGUAGUAGCAAAAUCUAACACUACAGAAAUGAUGAAGGAUUUAUCCUCUGAUUCCCUUCAGCAGCAUCAUGAUGAUUUAGAGUUUGCUUUGGCUGUCUGUUACAGUGGAGAUACAGUGGUCAUUUUUCCAGGAGAAUACCAAGCUCCAAGUCUCGCCUUAUUAACUGAAGACAUCAUGAUUAUGGGGAUUGGAAAGAGAGAGGAGAUUGUGAUCACUUCAGAGCCAUCGUAUGACAGCUUUGUGGUGUCCAAGGCAAAAAAUGUGAAACUAAUGCAUCUUUCUUUGGUGCAACAAGGGACUGUUGAUGGCAUUGUAGUUGUGGAAUCUGGUCAUAUGACUCUGGAAGACUGUUUAUUGAAAUGUGAAGGAACAGGAGUGUGUGUCCUCACAGGGGCUUCUGUGACUAUUACAGAUAGUGAAAUAAUUGGUGCACAGGGUGCUGGUGUUGAGCUGUCUCCCGGCAGCACAGCCAUUUUGGAGAGAAAUGAAAUUCAUCACUGCAAUAACCUCAGAACCUGUGACAUUUCAAAAAGCACAUUAGGAGGAGUUAAUAUAAAGGUUCUUCCAGCCCCCAAACUCAAGAUGAAUAAUAACCACAUUCAUAAUAACAACGGCUAUGGAGUGAGCAUCCUUCAGCCAACUGGCCAGCUUUUUAUUGAACCAGAAGAAACUCUUAACAAAGAUGCUGCUGCAGGAGACAAAAAAGAUGAUAUGCUUUCUAAAAUAAUGCAAAACCUCAGCUUGGAAAUGAAUAACAAUACAAUAGAAGCAAAUUUGAAGGGAGAUAUUAGAGUAGUUACAAGUUAAAACAAACAGGUUUAACAUCAAGGAUCCAUAUUCAAGGCAUUUGUUUAGACACUAAACUGUUCAGGGACUUUUGUGUUGGGUGUAAUUAAGGUUGAGUUUAAAGUAUGAAACUUAACUGUCUUAAAGAAUGACUUGACAUAUCCUAUCUUGGAAUUUUAUUUUGGAGAUCACCUUCAAGGAGGCAGUAGACAUGACUAAAUGUAUUAAGUUUUUGAUACCUAAGUCACCUUUUAGGAGGAAAUAAUCUCUGACCAUCUUCCAACAGCCCACCUGAAGUGUUUGGGAAUGAGAAAGAAGGCUAAAGGAGUUGCUUAGAGAUGUGAGCAAGAUAUCAGCUGUCACAAGUUCUGGGGUUUUUUUUUUUCCUUCUGUUGGGAUGAAGGCCUUAUGUACAUUUGAAUGCCGAUUCAAAAGCAGCAAAUGGUUUUAAAUUAAACAUUCAUCUUGUAA